AUGCGGCUACUUGCCUAUGUUCUCUGCAUUGAAGUGCUUGUUAACUCGAAAUCAUAUGAAUCGGAUGAUGAGGAAAAGGUUGAACAUGUAAUCAAAGAACGAGAUUCGAAGAUGUCCACGAAAGAUUCAGGAGAUGGAGACCUCAUUCCUGUUAUUGAUGCCGACGUGGAUCAUAUCGAGGACGUACCAAACCCGGAUGACACAACCGAUGACGCAUUUAUUAUAAAGGAAGAGAUCAGAGGAAGACCAGAACGUGUGGCAAAACGAGAAGCUGAGUCCCUUUCGCUACAGCGAUCAGCGCUUGAUGAGCCGAAAAAGGUUGAAAUCCCCAAAAUCGUCUCGGACAGGAAAUACGAGGAGGAAAUUGACUUCCCGCUCUGGAUUUUUCUUCUGCUCGUUCCUCUCGUAGUCACUCUCAUUAUCGCCAUCGGUUGUUUCGCAUUUUACAAACGUGCUUAUGACAAAGUAGCCAAAGAGAAUGAGGAGAAGAAAGCUAUGGAAAAAGCAAUUCAAUCCAAAAAAGAGGCAGACGAGCGACAGAAAGCUGGUUUACCAAUGUCUGCUUUGGAUUUGGAUCCAACCGGGCAUCCGGUAGGAAUCAAGGUAAUGCGAGAUCCGGAUCUUGAUUCAGCCGCGAGAGAAGAGGCACCAAGAGUAUAUAGAAUGAUCUACACAAAAAAUAAAUGGAAAACAGUUGAUAGGGUGCCAUCCGACAUGUCAUUCGAGAUCCCAUCGGAUUCAUUCUGUGCAAGCUAAUAUCACCCC